UUUUUGGACUCAGGCCAAUCAGCUGUCAGGACCUGAUGAUAAAUCGCAAUGCAUUAUUGAUAAUCAUAAUUCCAGCGACAUGCGCAUUUCCUCCACCUGAAGGGGUGGGGGGUGAUCGGGCGACUCUUGGAAUUUGGAGUGAAGAAGGGACAUAAUUGGGACUGUUUGGCUCCUGAUGCACGGACCAUGUCGAGGAGGAAGCAGGCGAAACCCCAGCACCUCAACUCCGAGGGUCAGCAACAGCUACUAGAGGCGUGCGUUAAGCCGCAAGAUUCAAGUGAUGAUGUAGACGGUGAAAAAAGCGUGAAGCGAUGUAGGAUGGACGAGACGCACGUCUGCGACAAGUGCUGUGAAGAGUUUUUCGAACAAUCCGAGUUCAUUGAGCAUAAGAAAAAUUGCACUAAAAAUUCACCUGUCUUUAUGAAUGAGUGUGAAGGAGAAGGGCGCUCAGAGAUCUACCCAGGGCCUACCCCCAAGAGUACAGGACAGGAGGGAUCUGAAAACCAAGGGGUGAAGGACGCUCUAGUAAAGGACAUUCUAGCAAAGGGCUCCGCUCCUACUGCUGAAAGGAUGGAGGGGGAAUCGAAUUUUGCUAAUAAAACCGUCCCUCAAGCGGCUCCUAAGGUUAAUGGAUUUGGCUUCUUGCCUAAAACCAAUCUCUCCAACACUAAUGUGACUUUACAAACUAUCAAUAGUACUAAAGCGGCUGUUAAUCAACUUGUAUCGGACGGACCCAGUGCUCCAGCAAACAAUACCAACGUCAUCCCAAUGAUCCUUGAACAACUAGUGUGCUUACAACAGCAGCAGCUACAACAGAUUCAGCUUACUGAGCAGAUCCGUAUUCAGAUUGCCAUGAUGACUCCUAAUUCCCUGCAUCCGUCUCUAGCUGCUGCUACAGAUCCACUGAAGGCCCUGGGCGCUCAUCUAUCGCAGCAGCUCUCUGCUGCUGUUGCUCUGAUUGGACAGAAAGCUGGGACGCAAAACCUUACACUCGAGUCGCUUAAGCAGUCAAAGCUACCUCACGUCACACUGUCCAUUCCGACUUCCGGCUCUAUGCCGCUUCACUUUUCCAACCCAAUGUUAAAAUCGGAGGUGAAUAGGGUUAUGCCGGCUUCUGUGGCCAGGUAUCCAAACCCUGUCCUAUCUCACGCUCCCGGGACUGUAAUCUUCCAGAAUCCACUUAAUAUCAUUGACCCUACUAAGAAAUUAAAAAGCAAAUUCCCCGGUACUCCGAUCCCCGAAACUAAACCUACCGAGGACCAAUUCUUUAGGCAUAAGUGUAAAUUCUGCGGUAAGGUGUUUGGCAACGACAGCGCCCUGCAAAUACAUUUGCGCUCGCAUACCGGCGAAAGGCCAUACAAGUGCAACAUCUGUGGAAACCGGUUUACAACGAAGGGUAACUUGAAGGUUCAUUUCCAGAGACAUAGAGAUAAGUAUCCGCAUAUACGAAUGAAUCCCUAUCCUGUACCAGAACAUCUGGAUAACGUUCCUACUACAAGUGGAAUUCCAUAUGGCAUGUCCGUUCCAAUGGACGAGUCGAAUGUCUUUGCGGAUACAAAGCCUGUGUUGCCCAGUCUUCCCAAUCCAGGACUAACUAUACCAAAUGUUGCCAGUAUAGGUGACUCGGGAUCGGCCUUCCCACUCAACUUGCAGUCCAAGCUGUCGCCGGGCAGUGAAGGCGAGUCCGUGUCCUCUGGAGCGGUUGGCCACGAAUCCAGCACUGAUCAAAGUCUAAGCUCUCCUCCUGUUAAUGGAUCCAGCGAGCAAAGCUCAGAAACGAGCAAGCUACAGCAACUGGUAGAAAACAUUGAUAAGACUGGUUCAGAUCACAACGAGUGCUUGAUUUGUCAUAGAGUACUGAGUUGCCCUAGCUCGCUGAAAAUGCACUACCGCACCCACACCGGGGAACGGCCUUUCAAGUGCAAAAUCUGCGGGAGAGCGUUCUCCACUAAAAGCAACCUUAAAACUCACUAUGGUAUCCAUCGUGCAAACACUCCUCAAAAGAUGCAUUCCUGCCCCAUCUGUCAAAAGAAAUUUACCAAUGCAGUGGUCUUGCAGCAACAUAUCAGGAUGCAUAUGGGUGGACAGAUUUCAAAUACACCUUUACCAGAAGAUGCAUGUGACGAUGGAGACCUUGAUCCUUUGGUGAUUGACGAGGACAAGAACGGAGAUUUGAACAGUUUAACCGAUGAAAAUGUUGAUGACAUUGACAUGGAGGAAGACCCUGAACUUGGAGAUGUUCCUUUAGGUUCUAAGCCUCCAACCCCGCAGAGUGAUGGUCAGGUGGAAUCCCCAAGCAUGCCGCUCUCUGAGCUUUCAUCUCAGGACAAUCCGAUUUCUAUGCCUCCUGGACUCUGCUUGCUAAGGCAAAACAGUAUUAAAUCAAGUGAGACCGGGUCAUCAUUGGAAAGUGAUGUCUUGACUAACGAUUCCUCUUCAGUUGGGGAUCCAGAAUACCAAAAUGGUAAGAGUCCAACACAGUCUGAACUGAGGACUCUUUCGCCAACCAACAGCCAAGAUGAUAGUCUUCCAUCCAAGUCCCCACCUCCUUACAACGGUCACGAUGUAAUGGGUGUGCCGAACAAGGCAGAGCCGUGUGAAAACGGCUCUGUUGAUCCUGAUGAUGAUGAUGGGGCUCUAGAUCUAACAAAUGGAAAUCUAGUACGCAAAAUUAAAGAAGAACCGGGCCUUCUUCCCAAUGGAGGAGACUUAAACAGGAGUCCAAACGUGUACAUUGGUCCUCCACCCACACUAAUCAAAGUGGAAAUGCCAGGAGAUCGUCUUUUGGGCCCCACACAUUUCAUCUGUCCACCAAAUCUUUCCCCCGGUUUAUCGCCCCUCAGUGUCCCUCCUCGCCGCACAGCAAAGCAACAUCUCUGCCUAACAUGUACCAAGAACUUUUCCUCGGCUAGCGCUUUACAGAUCCACGAAAGAACUCAUACCGGCGAAAAACCUUUUGCGUGCACGAUAUGUGGACGAGCUUUCACAACAAAAGGAAACCUCAAAGUCCAUGUGGGAACUCACAUGUGGAAUAACGCUGCUCGCCGCGGACGGAGACUUUCUGUGGAUAACCAAAUAACUGCCUUGCCAAAUGACAGUAAAAAAGUGCCUGAGAUCUUUCCGAAGUUUUUCGUCCCCCCUGCGGUCAACAUUGAUGCUACUGUUUGGAACCAGUAUGCCGCCGCUUUUAGUAGCGGCUUGGCCUUAAAGACUAACGAGAUCUCAGUCAUCCAGAGUGGUGGCAUUCCUACAUUGCCUGUCAGUAAUGGAGGUCCUUCCAUCCUCACCACAGCUACUGUCUCUAACCUGGACAUCAGCCAGGCGAGUGCAAGUCAGACUAUAGCCGAGAGGCAAGAAAAAAGUGCGGAAAGUGUGCCGAAACACCAAUUCGCACACUUUAUGGAGGAAAAAAAUAUAGCUGUGAAAUGAUCUACGUGAUAGCAGCCAAAAGUGCGUAAGCGGACACUUGGGGAAAAAAAAAACAAUAGGUGGCUGGAAUUUCCUGCACCCUUUAUUUUUUAUUUUUUGGGACUUUUUUUUGGUGGGUUUAUUUUCAGAGCGGCCAUGAAUACAACCCAAGAUUGCCUCCUGGCACCAGAACGGACAAAAAAAAAAAAUUGCACCUCAGAUGCUGCGAAUAUUGCAAGGCUGACGUGUGGAUGGUGUUAUUUCCAAAGGUCAAAAAAUGUUUACCUUUUUACAAACCAAUUUCAAGCAGUUUUGUGUUUUUUGCAUUACGAACUUUAAAAUGUGAGAACAGUCCUUCUGCCUAUGUCUGGAUUUUCAACAAACAACUUUAAGUUAAAAAAAAAAAAAAAAAAAAAAAAUGCGGGUACAUAUCUUGGAAUCUGCCAUCCUUUUUUUAUUUAGCAGUAGAUUUCAGAAAUUUUGAAUUGAAAACGUGAGUUUGCUUUACAGACAAUGCUGUUUGGUGACUGCGGCCAUCCCCCGUGGUGGCUGCACGUUCUCAACGUAUGUGCCCUUCCUUUUUUUUUUUUUUUUUUUUUUU